UCUAAAUUAUAUUUUUCAUUAAUUUGGUUAAAAAUUGCCUACAUUUAAACACAAAACUUACCAGACAAUAAAUAUAAAGGUUUAUCAUUUUAGUAUAAAAAAUAUAAAAUAAUUAGGUAAUAAAAUGGAAAGUAUAAUUGUAUACUGUUACAACCUAAAAUAGUUAAGUUUUUUCCACAUUAUAAUUUUGUUAAAGGUUAUGAUGUCAAGUAACGAAGACUAUAUUACAUUGGAUGAAAUAAACAAUGCACUGGAGUUACUGGAGAAAGAUGAAAUUGCUUCAAGAAAACGUUUGGAAACAUUUACCAAUCAAUGGCCCACUGUUAUUAAGGAGGUUGACUCAGUUACAAAAAAAUUUAGUUCCUUAACAGCAGUUAAAGAAAACUUAUCUCAAAUUCAAACUAGAAUUCACGAUUCUUCUAAACUAGCCGAGGACAUAUCGUCCAAAGUCCGACAGUUGGACAAAAUACGUGGACGUGUAUCAGAAUGCCAAAAACGAGUUCAAGACUUAUUAGAUCUACAGUUAUGUAGUGAAGGUGUUCAGAUUGCGAUGAAAAACGAUGAAUUAGAACAAGCCGCCGGACAUAUACAUCGCUAUCUGUCAAUCGACCAAACGAAAUUACAACGCACAGCAGACGACAUGGCUCAAGACUGUUCAAUGAUCACCAGUGCUCUUAAACACUUGCAAGAAGCUUCAGAGCUCCUCCAGGACACAGUAUCUAAAAGGUUCGAGCAUGCGUCCUUAGUCCAAGACACGAAUUCUAUAGAAAGGUACUUUAAAAUAUUCCCAUUACUUGGAAUGCACGAAGUGGGUUUGGAAAAGUUUGUCGAUUACUUGGGGCGGUUAUUAAAAGUGUCGGCGGACAAAAAUUUAAAAAACGUCAUAGAUACGCCAUUGUCGAGCAACCGUGCUAGUGUUAUUUUCGCGGACGGGCUGACGUUUAUUUUCGAGGAAGUAGCCAAAACGAUCGAGGUCCAUCAGCCGUUAAUCGAGACCCACUACGGUCCCGAGUACGUGUUGAAGUUCUUAUCCCAUUUGCAAGUGCACUGCGACACGUUCGGUGACAUCCUGCUGCGGACGUUUCUCAAGACGCGCAAAAUCAAAGAACUACUGAAGACCAUGUGGGACGAAUCGGACGCGAACACCGUGGCGAGGCCGGACUCCAAGGACAUCGAUCUGCUAGUGGAGGAGAUCGUGAUGAUUCUGGCGCGGUACGAUCUGUACGCGCAGUUCGUGUGCAAGCGAACGGUGAACGCGGACGGCGUGGAACCGAAAACGCGGACCGCCAAAAUGAUGUUGGACAACAGCCGGCUGUGCUGUUGCAUACAGGAGAUGAUGGGCAAAUACCUGGAGCUGGAGAGGUACUACAUGGAGGAGAGCAUCAGAAAAGCUGUGUUGAUGGACACGAUCGAGGGCGACGGCGGGGACGCUGCGCUCACGUCGAGCAUGGUGGACGACGUGUUCUUCAUCGUGCGCAAGUGCGUGAUGCGCUCGCUGCGGUCUGGCAGCCUGGACGUGCUGUGCGCCGUCAUCAACAACGCGGUCAACGCCCUGGAAACGGACCUGUGCGCGGUGUUCGCGCAGGUGCUGAGCGCCGGUUAUCCGGGUUCCGGUUACUUCAACCGGUUCACGCCCGACCUGGACAAGGUGCGGCGGACGUUCCUGGCGGCGCUGAACAGCACCGAGGUGGCGGUCGAGUACUCCAAGUCGCUGUCGCAAACGUUCCGGGACGAGGUGCCGGCCAGGCUGCGCGGAUGUCACGCGGAGAAGCUGGACAGUUGCCUGCAGGACUUUGGCCGGGUUAACGCGUCCCUGGUGGCCGCCAACCGGACCGGGUUCAGGCAGCUGCAGAGUUCGCUGGUCGAGCCCAAAACGCUGGCGUGGAUGGAACCGUUCUACGAGCAGAACUUCACGCUCGACGAACCGGAAUUCGCGCAGACGGUGGCCGACAACCCGUUCGUGGUGGCGCUGGUGCGGAACAUCGACGGCACGCUGGCCGAGUUCCGCGCCCGGCUGACGCCCAACAACUACGACAUGCUGGUGGUGGCCGUGGCCGCGGAGACGGCCGCGCAGCUGGAGCGGGCCGUGAUGAAGACCGAAUUCAACCGGCUGGGCGGCAUGGCACUGGAUAAGGUGGUCCGGACGCUCAUCAACUACUUCGGCGGGGCCAGCGCGUGGCCGGUCCGCGAGAAAUUCGCCCGUCUGGUGCAGGUCACCACCGUGCUCAACUUGGAACGGGCAUCAGAUCUAAACGAGUUCUCCAACCCGGACAGCGGCAUGCGGUUCUCGUGGAAGCUGACGCCCGAUUGCAUACGUCAGAUACUCAAGCUCCGAGCGGACUUCCGGGAAGACGACAUACGGAAAGUCCAACUGUAAGACCGUGCAGUCCGGCGGCCGACUUUGCAAGCGAACCCAUCACCGUAAUACUGUACGAUUUCUUUCCGAUGUGGCGUCAUAUCGUCGUUUUGGCUGACGUGUGUUUUAUUUUCAGACCCGUGAGUAAUUAAAAUAAAAAAAAAAAAAAUUAUAUACCUACUUACGUUAUAUUCGAAGCCUACGUUAAAUUUAAUCUCGUAUUUAAUAUACUGACAUACUACAGUGUUAAGUAUAUACUAUAUUAUGUGUCUGUCGGCCCUGUAACGCCGAUUAGGGGUUUUUAUUUUUUUUACCUCAAUUAGUAUAGUUGGGUAGUACCUAUAGUUAGGUUCCAUACAUUAUAAGUAAUGCCAUCGUAUUAUUAUUGUAUAAAAUACCCACUUUUUAUUGCAGAUGUACUAGUAAUAUUGUUAUUGGACUUAAAAUAAGCACUAUUUAUACCUACUUAUUUUAUGUUGCGUGUAUUUGAAAAUUACA